AUGGUUGCUAAAACAGCAAGACUUUUAAUCCGAUUAAAGAGUGCCAGACGAAUGGAUUUCACUAAACCUGAGACCGUGUUGGACUUGGCCAACAUUAGAGAUGAACUGGUAAGAAUGGAAGAUUCCAUUAUCUUUAAAUUUAUCGAAAGAUCCCAUUUCCCCACAUGUCCAGCUGUCUACCAAAAGAACGAUCCGCAACUACCAUUACCUGAUUUCGAAGGUUCCUUCUUAGAUUGGGCUUUGAUACGUAUGGAAAUCACACAUUCUCAAUUACGCAGAUUUGAAUCUCCCGAUGAGACUCCUUUCUUUCCACAGAAGAUAGUGAAACCAAUUUUACCCAGUAUCAAUUAUCCUAGAGUUUUGGCACCUUAUUCACCCGAGGUUAACUAUAACAAUAAAGUCAAAACUCUUUAUGAGAAAGAGAUUAUACCAUUAAUUUCCAAGCGUGAUGGUAACCAACCAGAAAAUUACGGAUCUGUAGCCACCAAUGAUAUAGAAGCCUUACAAAGCCUGAGUCGAAGAAUCCAUUUUGGUAAAUUUGUUGCGGAAGCCAAAUUUCAAGAUGAUAAACCUCUGUACACAGAUCUGAUCAAACGUAGGGAUAUCGACGGAAUUACGAAACACAUUACCAAUUCUGCUGUCGAGGAAAAGAUUCUACAAAGAUUGACAAGGAAAGCUGAAGUUUACGGCGUGGAUCCAAUCAAUAAUCAAAGUGAAAGGCGAAUAACCCCAGAAUACUUGGUAAGAAUCUACAAAGACUUCGUUAUUCCAAUGACGAAAGAGGUAGAAAUCGACUACUUGUUGAGAAGGCUGGAGGCCCCAUUAUAA